GACGCAGUGGGGUUUGUGCCUCCCAGCUUCCCGUCAGAGAAAUAUCACCGUUUACCAACCUGAAAGUGACUUUAGAAUUUUCCCGUGACAUUUACAUCAGCACUGGAAAUACCGCGAGGAAACAAUGUAAAAGUCUCAGCAUGGGCGCACGCAUGUUGUUGGAUCAUGCCGGUGAUUUUUUAUGAAGAAUAUUUCAUAUAUUUUUUUUCUUCAUUGUUUUCAUAAAUUAUGUUUUUGAAAACGGUCGCCUGAGUUGCUUGGACUUUGAGGAAUAAAAAUUACUUGACGGAUUCAUUUAACAUGGAAUCAGUGGAUGAAUAAAUCAUAUUUCCGAUACUCGUAAACUGCAAUUGCCCUUUUAAUUGUUCGUCUUAUUGCUGAUGUCAGAUGGACCGAUUUUCAUACAGAAAUAUACAGCAACAGAGGAAUUGAUGAAGGACUUACUGUUUCGGAUGAUUAUCAGACAGGGUUUGGAAAUCUCACAAUGAGGCUGAAAUCAUCGAGGUUAGGUUACCUAUUUCUUCAAUUCAUGACUCUGUGUUUUUACACUCAGAUGACCAUGCAGUCCAUCUCUAUGCCUAAUUUUAAGCACCAUGUAACGGAGCAGAGUCGUCUGUCAGACAGGAUGAGUCGGAGAUUAACAAGGACUUAUCAGCUAUAUAGCCGAACCAGCGGUAAACAUGUACAAGUCCUGGGUAAUAAGAGGGUUAACGCCAAUGCAGAGGAUGGAGAUAUUCAUGCAAAACUUGUUGUGGAAACGGAUACAUUUGGAAGCCGGGUUCGAAUCAGAGGGGCAAAAACAGGAUACUAUAUUUGCAUGAACAAGAAAGGCAAGCUCAUUGGACGGAGGAAGGGCCGUGGCAAGGAUUGCAUAUUCACCGAGAUCGUUCUGGAAAAUAACUACACAGCUUUGCAGAAUGCCAAGUACAAAGGCUGGUACAUGGCCUUUACACGCAAGGGUCGACCCAGGAAAGCCAUGCAGACCCGGCAGCACCAGAGAGAGGCCCACUUCAUGAAACGUCUUCCUCGAGGACACCUAUUAACAGAACAGAAGCCCUUUGAUUUAAUCCCAUAUCCCCUCAACAAGAGGACUAAGCACCAUCAGCGCGCAAGCGUUAAUUGAGGAAAGGGCAGCGUCUUAUAAUGGAGUACUAUCUUAAUUUGAGUUUAUCUAAUCUUUGUGCAUUCAGAGUUUAAUGGACAUCACAGCAAAGCAAUGUUGUGUAUAAUUUAAGGAAAAUGUACAGAUGAAUGACUGUACUAGGAACAGUAUGUUCUGGGACAAUGACUAAACUCAUGACUGAACAGAGGACAAGUAAGCCUUGUAAUAAUGCAACACAUCUCUGGGAAUGAAACAAAACAGCAGACAUACGACACAUAAACACUCUCAGAAAUGAGUGCAAAACUAUUUUUGAAGAACAUCUCAAAUGUUUAUUCAUGUUGUUCCAAAACCCUGAUACCUUUGUUCAUCUUUAAAACACAAAUAUAGAUAUUUUGGUCCCGACUCAAAGUCCAGAGAGGUAUCAAACACAGUGUCAAUACAGUUCAUGUGUCUUCUGGAUAUACCGCAGAUGCCCAAGCCACACAUAAGUUCAUCUGUUUGAAACGAAGCACAGGCUCAUCUGAAAUAUACACCAUCUGUGUGACCACAUGCUAUACAAGUGCACAUACACUCUCAGAAAUAAAGGUACAGGAGCUGUCACUGGGCACUACCUUUUCAAAAGAUACAUAUUUGUACUUAAAGAAUUCACAUUGGCACCUCAAAGGGAUAUAUUAGUACCCAAAUGUACCUAAAACGUACCUAUGAGGUACUAUUAGAAACCUGUACUUUUAUUUCUGAGAGUGUACAUAGAGCAUGCGCAUGCUAUACUGACAUUGAGGAGAACAUCCAAAAUAUCUUUAUUUGUGUUCUCAGGGGUAUUUGGAUGACAUUUAAGUAUAUUUUUGACAGAAUUUUCAUUUUAGGGUGAGCUAUCACUUUUAUUGAACUACAGAUUCCACCGGAUCCUCUAUAUUUAAAAGUGUCAGGUACCAAUACGCACCUUCAGAGGUAGAUAAGGUGCAAAGUCAUCCCAGUGAAAAGGUAAACCUUCAAAUGUUUUGCACAUUUUUUUUCUGACAGUGACCAUGGCAGCUACCUACUGAUGACCCCAACAUAUGCAGAUACACACAGAGUCCACGAUGUGUAGGGAUAUUAUCAAAAGCAUCUUUAUUGUUUGUACAUGACUAUAUAUUUUUAUUGGAAGAUUGUAAGAUACUUAAACAAAUGGAAAUAUUUAUUUUAGAGUGUGUAUUAAAUUCAUGUAAAAGUAUUGAUUUAA